AUGUUAUUUUGGUUACAGGUAGUUUUUUGUUCAACUCCAAUAUUAGAUUUUAAUUUUUUAGUAGAUCUAGAAAAUUCAUCAAACUACUUAAAAGCAUUUGAGAAUAAAGAAUUAUGUGAAAAUGAAGAGAUGCAACAAAAGAGCCAAGAAACGACUGAAAUAGAAGAUGAAUUUGCAGAUAAAAAUCAAUUUAGUUAUAAUUUAUUAACAGAUUGUACAGAUUUCAUAGAAGAAAGUUUAAAUAGUAGUUAUAAAAAGGUUGAUUAUGAUUUGUUUGAUUUUUCGUCAUCAAUCACUGCAGAGAACAGUUUGGUGCCAUCCAGUUGCACAAGAAGUACAUCUAUUACUAAUGUAUGUAAAAACCAAUGUUGUGUGUUACAAGAACCAAGAAACGACGCAGCACGUCUUAAAAUUCCAAACAGUAAUGAAAAUGAUACAGCGGAACACUCUUACAUUAAUACAUCUUUGAAUGAUGAUACUAAUUUACUAUUACAAAAAAAUCAAAAUAAUUUAAUACAAGAGCAAUAUGUUAAUUCGGAAAGUAACACUUUUUCAGAAAAAAAUUAUUAUGAUUUGAUUUCAUCAAACUAUCAAACUUACCAUUUAGAGAAUAAUAGUAUAAAUUUACCAAGUGCUGUUCAUACAGAUGCUUCAUUUAAUGUUGGUGUUUCGUCUACGAUUAAUAACCCCGAAAGUAGUUCUUCUUUUAAUAAUGCUUACAGAAAUGAUAAAAACGUAAAAGAUAAAAGGAAAAAAUUAAAAACCAACAAAGUAUCUAAUAUUGAAAUAAAUGGUAAUGAAAAGGCUUUGAAAUCUAAAAGAAAAAUAAAGACUAAUAGAACAACUCUAAAAAGUCAAUUUACAGCGAGCGCGCGCGAACUUUAUAAGAAAUACAAGAAAUCUGAAAAGAACUUUAGAGAGUUUUUUAAACUUAAAAUUAAAAAUCGAAUGCCCCAACAUAUUAAGAAACUUGAAAUAUCAUAUCUUUCUGAUGACCUGAAACAAGAAUCAAUUCUUGCUCUAAGAAAUCUUUCAAGUUUUUUAGAUACUAUAAAUGCAAUUAGAAUUAGUACGUGGAAAACUAAAAAUAAGGAAGAUUUUUUAAAUUCAUUAAAUCUAGCAUUUAAUCAAUUUAGCAGGUAUCCAGACGUAUCUCAGAAACUUUUAAUUUUUAAAUUUAUUUGUAAAAAUUUACAUAGGGUUUAUGAUAGCGGUUUUUGUUUUAAUUCUUAUUGUAAUUUUUAUGAAGUUAACAGGUUAAUAUUUUCUGUUGAAAGAAGAUUUAAUUUAUUUUAUAGUAGACUAAAAAAAUUAAGGGAUGAUUUUAAAAAAAAUGAUCAACAUUAA